AUGUUAUUAAUAUCAAACGUUCGCUAGCCCGCGACAGCAGCUAACGUCAGCUAGAAUCAGCGUUGGUAUUGCUAGCAUGUUAUGCUAAUCAUUCCACAACCUCGGUUCUACCAAAAUAGCCCACGUCAAGUUGUUAGCCGUCCUCUGUGAUGCCUAAGGACUGUUGUCGGUAUAAAUUCAGUUUCAGCGGCACUGGAAACGAUAGGUAUCAUACUGGGUUAGGACGUGUGCAAGCUGGCUAAUUUUAACACUAAAGUGGGCAUUGUCCGGCUGCCACAGAAACAUUUGCUAACGUUAGCUUUUGGGCAAAGGGCGUGAAAGCUGGCAUCACCGGUGGCUUGCCUGCAUCGCUGAAACGAGCGACAGACUUGUGCCCUCACUGCAGGCCCCCAUAGUCAGCAAAACAAAAACACAUGGAGGAAAUAGAGAUACCACGAACUACGGCCAAUUUUAGGACCGGGACAAUUUAGAGAACUGCGCUGCCAGAGAAACGAGUUUGGUUUACACUGGGAGUAUAUGAUGCAUGCAGCCUGUCUUUGGCAGCAGGAUGUCUGAGUUCAGUGAGGAGCCUCGCUUCACUAUUGAGCAGAUAGAUCUGCUGCAGCGGCUGCGUCGCACCGGCAUGACCAAGCAGGAGAUCCUGCACGCGCUUGAAACACUGGACCGGCUGGACCGGGAGCACGGGGACAAGUUCGGCCGCCGCACCUCUUCCUCCUCCUCCUCCUCCUCCUCCUACGGAGUAGGCGGGGCAAACAACAACUCUGCCUCUAAUACUACUACAUCAUUCAUCAAUAACAACACUGCCUCGGCAACCACCACCUCUUCCGUGUCAUGCAAUGGCAACAACGGCGCCAUCACCAGCGGUGAGGGCAGCGCCGGCGAUCACUCUGCGACUGCCGCUUCUUCCACGACCUCCAAAAUCUCCACCGCCACGCAGACACAGUUCGGCAACGGAGGGGGACUCUCACCGUCUCCUAGUAACAGCUAUGACACCUCCCCACCUCCUGGGCCUCCACCGCCUUCCGCCAUCUUGCCCUCGCCGGUCUCCCUUGUGGCUCUGUCACAGAACGGCCGGGAUAGCCUAGCUGCCACACCCAACGGAAAGCUGUCUCCUCCAAGAUACCCAGUGAACAGUGCGGCUGCAGCACGAGCGUUUGGGUUCGAAGCUACAGAAGAAGACCUGGAUAUUGACGAUAAGGUGGAGGAGCUGAUGAGGAGGGACAGCAGCAUGGUGAAAGAGGAGAUCAAAGCGUUCCUGGGGAACAGGAGGAUCUCUCAGGCAGUGGUGGCACAAGUUACCGGCAUCAGCCAGAGCAGGAUCUCCCAUUGGCUGCUGCAGCACGGCUCCGACCUGAGUGAGCAGAAGAAGAGGGCCUUCUACCGCUGGUACACGUUAGAGAAAACCACACCAGGUGCCACUCUAAACAUGCGGCCAGCUCCGUUACCUGUGGAGGAGAUGGAGUGGAGGCAAACCCCUCCCCCCAUCACCACUGCACCCGGAACCUUCCGGCUGCGUCGAGGAAGUCGCUUCACUUGGAGAAAAGAGUGCCUGGCUGUGAUGGAGAGCUACUUCAACGACAACCAGUACCCAGAUGAGGCCAAACGGGAGGAGAUUGCAAAUGCCUGCAAUGCAGUUAUUCAGAAACCAGGGAAGAAGCUGUCUGAUCUGGAGAGGGUUACCUCCCUGAAAGUUUACAACUGGUUCGCCAACCGUCGCAAAGAGAUCAAGAGACGGGCCAACAUUGAAGCCACAAUCCUGGAGAGCCAUGGCAUAGACGUCCAGAGUCCAGGGGGACACUCCAACAGCGACGACAUCGAUGGGAACGACUUCUCAGAGCAGGCAUGUGACCUGCCCUAUUUUGACAAGAGACCUCUCAGCCGACCUUUUGGCCUUUACCGACUGGAGCCCACCUCGCCAACACAGGAUGACAGCGCGGCGCACAGCGAGCACCAGGACCCCAUCUCUCUGGCUGUGGAGAUGGCCGCCGUCAACCACACCAUCCUGGCCCUGUCCAGAACCGGAGGGGUCUCCAAUGACAUCAAGACGGAGUCCCUGGAGGACGAAUGAACUGCAUACGAACUGGGAUAGAGGAAGCGGAUGAGAGAAAUGAGUCGAGAGAGGCAAAAGGAGUAGAAAAGGUGGGAAAUUUGGGGGGGGGGGCUUCAAAAAAAAAAAGAGACCAAAAUAAUGCUACUUAGUAAACCUUCUGAAUCUGUCCCUCAGCCAGCCCCCUGCCAGCUUUUCCUUCUCUCUCGGCUUCCCUCCUCCCACAAAGUCCAUGUAAACAGUAAUUACCCCUGCACCCCACCCUACCCAACAUAUUCAGACAGCUGGCGGAAGUGGGUCACUAUACGUCCUCUGAUGUUUGUGAAAAUAUUCCACGGAAUGAAGAAAAGGGGGGCUAUUCAGGCCUUUAACCCCCAAAACAGGUGGUCCUCGUCUGGGAUUGUAUCUCCCAGGUACUCCUUACCCUGAAUACACUCUCUCCUCACAGGAUACCUCUUCUCUCUCCUCUCCUCUUCCUUAUUCCCCCUCUCCUUCCCUCUCCAGCCUGGUUGUCUGAGCCGAUUCCUCAGUCUAUCUCACCUCAGCGUCAACCUCAGAAAAAUAACGUGUACUGUAUAUAUAAUAUAUAUAUAUGGUUCUUAUGGUUCUCAGUCACACACUCACCUCAUGGUGUGCUACCUAUCUACCUACCUACAUACAUACCUAAAUUCACUAUUGCAGCCUCCAGCCAUUGUCUGGGGACAGAUGGAUGGGGAGAGUUUCCUUCUCUCCCUCUCUGGCACCAAGGCGGUCAGAAAGGAUAAUAUCGGCAGACAGAGCUGUCCAGUCACUGUCUUCUACCCUAUCAUUCCUCAGUGGAAUAGCUUUUUGUUUUCCUAAAGUAGACCUGCUUAUGGAUGAAAACCACAAAGAAAUCAGCUAAAAAGAAGUAGCCUUAAUUUCAUACAGACAGCAACGCCUUUUACUUUUUGCAGUAUACGGCAGGUAUUGUCCUUGACGUCAAGGCACAAUAAGUAAGUUUUUAGUACACAUACAGAAAAUGCCAGAAUUAAUGUUAAGGUCUAUAUCCAAUAGAAUCAGUGGUUUUGGUUCUUUCACCUGCAUUUCCCUCUGGAUAUACAAUCAUUUUGACUUGGUGUUUAGCUUCCCAGUGACACUAUUGUUAAACACUGGAGGGUACGAGGAUCAAUUUAGGGUCAAUGUGAUAAUCAAGCAAACUUAAGCUAUCUAAGAAGAGGGAUUGUGCUUUGUUUUAAAUGUCGUCCAUGCCAAAGGAAAAGACGUUAUGAGCGAAAAGCUAAGAGGCUAAGCUAAGAAAAUGGUGUUCACGAUCAUCCAAAGCGAUUUCUACUAACUCCUUUGGCGUACGUAGGUUGUUCCUCAUGCUCAGUGAAGCCUUUUGAGCCCGUGUGGCAUCGUAUGUGGGCUUGACACUACAGCAGGCCUGUAUCAGUAAAGAUAGGUAUUAGCUGCCAGUUAUAUAAUGAUAAAAUACCCCCCAAGCUAUUUACUACUUGUUGUGUGACGCUGCCUCUUUAUAAUAGCCUAAAGAAUGUGCUUUCAGAAGUUUUUGUUAAUAUCAGUGGUAUCAAAUUAGACUAAAUCCACACUGGAAAAGUUUUAGAAUAUCAGAAGGACUUUUGAGGCGAUAUUUGUUUUUAUUUCAUCUAUAUAGCAUCAAAGGUUAAAGCACCACUUUGAAGGGAAUUGAAGACAUUUAAAGUGGUGAUAUCGGAGAUAAUUUGCCCCGGUUGGAACUUUUCCAAAACCAUCUUUGACUGAAGAUCAUCACAAUGUCAUAAGCAGAGACAAAGUGCUGUGUUCCUUGAAGUGUAGGUCCUGUUUCUGGGGGCUCUCUAAUUGUCAACUAUUAGCGCUUUUCAGUGUAGGACUGUGAUGUUUAAAGGAAGUUAAAUUAAGAAGACUUUUUGAGAAAUAGGUCUAUUCACUUUUUUGCAAGUGAAUACGCCUUUUACUCAUUUCAACGAGAAGAUUGAUACCACUAUGUCUGUAUGCGUAAUGCAGUGCUAAGCUUAGCACAAAGACUGGAAGUAGAGGGAAAUUGCUAGCCUGCCUUAGUCCAAAGGUAAAACAUCUGCCCUCUUGCAACUCUAAAGCUCACUAAUGAAUUUUCAAUAAAGCCAUACAAAAAAGUCAAGUUGUGGUUAUACGGAUGGUUACGUGCUGAAAAUCUUUUUUGGGCCAGACACGCCGACUUCCUGUCCUUUUUUAAUACUUUUACACAAAAUAUAAAGUGUUAAUUAGUGAGCUUUUGAGGUUUUAUUAAAAAUAUGUUUCCACCUUUGGACGGAGGCAGAUGAGCUGUUUUCUCCUGCUUCCAGUCUGAAUGCUAAACUAAGCUGUGUCCUGGUGUUACAGUUAAUUUUUUGUAGGGUUUAAUCAUACAAGGUACAAAGUGAUAAUUAGUAAGCUGUAAUGUUACUAGGCGGAUUCCUUUAUUUACCUUUGGACAGAGUCAGGCUAGCUGCUUCCCCCCCGUUUCCGGUCUCCUGGCUGUAGCUUCAUAUUUAGCAUGCUGACAUAAAGAGUGGUAUCGAUCUUCUAAUCUAACGCAUAGCAAAAAAGCAAAUAAGCAUAUUUCCCAGAAUGUCAAACUAUUGCUUUAAAGGAGCCCCUGCCUUAGUGAUGGUUUUGGAGAACUGGGAGAACAUUCUACAAAGCAGGUUCAAACAAAGCAGUUAGACGGGAACUCUGAGACAGAACUCUCAGGUAAUUCCUCAUAUAUUAAACAGUCAGAUACGGACAUUGGUGACGUAUCGUAAUCUGGGAUCUGGAUCCUGCUUGUAGAAUAGCUCCCAGCCCUGGGCUCUAGUGUAGUAAAAAUUUAAAUCUAUUGCUUCUGUGUGUACGAAGCUGCAAAUACAGUCACUCAGUACUGGGAUAUGUGUUUUAAAAAAAAAAAAGGGUUGAAAGAUAAAAACAAUAAAUAUGUAUUUAUACUCAUUUUUUAUGGUAAUGUAAAAAAAAAUGACCUAUGUUUUGAAAUGAAACAUGCUUUUAUUGUUAAAUUAAUCAUGCUUUUUUAAUUUCUCCUGACAUAUUUUUAUGUUAUCAUUUUAACAGUUUUUUGUACGUCAUCCCUUAUUUGACUGAUCAACAGUCUCCCCCUGUUUUUGUCCGAGGUAGUAAGCUAUUUUGUGAAAUAUGAACGACGAUGCACCUUAUUUGAAAUAAGAAUGGCUGUUGAUAAGCUGAAAAUGUAACCUUCCCUCCCCCGAGCCUUCGUUUGAAAUGGCAAACAUCCAAUAUACAAUUAUGGGGCUGGUGUGCAAAAAACCUUUCAGUACAGCUGCUUCACACACCAUAUCAUAUUAAAUGCCCCAGUGUGUGCUGUUCUCUCCUUGAAAUAACACCACACCAAACUCUAUAGUGAAAUCUCUCAUUUUCAAUAUGGCUUAAAGGGGUAGUUAAAUUUAUGACAACUACAAUUACAUUUUCUUAUUACUAGAUACUGACUCAUUUGAAUGAAUGAAAAUGCAGUGUUCCAUUUUUGUUCUGUUGCCUUACUAUUGAAGUUAUUAGAAACGUAACAUUGUGCUUAGAUUAUGCAUUUUGACAUGGAACAAAGGGGCUAACUGUGUGUUUGGCUACUGACUAGGGCAGGGUGAUAUGGCCAAAAAUGUUAUCACGAUAAAAAAAAAAUUAAUAUCAUUUUAUUUCAAUAACUGUCAAAUCAUUAUUUAUUUCAAGUUUAAGAAACCAGAUGAGUAAUUCAGUCCUGUUUCCUGAACAAAAUAAAUCUUAAUAUAAAGUUAAGUGCUAAUUUGUCUAGAUUCUAAUGAAUUAUAUGAAUUACAUUUAUUGAACAUUUGUUAUAUUGUUAUUAAGGGAAAAUUAUCACAAUAAUUCUCAUCGUUUUAUUGCCCAGCCCUACUACUGAUACUAAAAUACAUUUUAAAUAAGGAGGUGAAUUAUUCCUUCAAGACAUGAGACCAGAGAUCUAAAGAGGAGCAGAGACUAAUUCUUAGAAUUGACUCACGCUAUGAUGUUGACAAAACAUUAUUUUAAAUUAACAGUAUUUAAUACUUUUACUCUUAGUUAAAGGAUUUUUCCUAUGGAGUUUGGUGUGACAUUCUAUCUCUAUACACGAAUUAUUGUAUGUUGGAAUUAGUGUAAUAAGACGUCCGUGGAAGGAAAAGAGAUCAUUUAGAGAUUAUUCUCUCUAUAAGACACUUAAAUGAAUUGCCUUAGUGUUUGAGAGAUGCCAUGGCCCAAUUAGCAAGUACAAGUUUUAAUCCUGCAGUAUUUUAUGUGAGCGUUCAAGCUUGACAGAACUGUUCAUAGGGUGAAGAAAGAACCCUCAGGUGCUCAAGGAGUAAAGAUUCUGUGCUUUUCCAAGAGAGAACUGAAAACAGAUGCAUCUGAAUUACAGACUGACCCCUGAAACAGGCUUUCCCCACCCAGUGUUGUGUGUACUCCAGUGGUAGUGUUACUCUGAAGGGGUGUCCUCCUGUGGUGUGUCGGGGUCAACAUGUCUACAUGUCCUUCUGUGUCCCCAGUGAAAACACCAUCCACUUCAUCCCAAUAUAGCUCAGAAAAAGAGGACUGAAUGCUGUUGUAUCAAUCUCAAAUCUAGUUAUGUUCAAAAUUACUGUAUUGCCCAUUUCAGAAUUUAGUGCCUUUUUUGGACAGUAGACUGUUCUGUAAUUAAGAUGUAGUAUAUAUACAUUUUUUUGUACAGUUUCUUUGUUCAUUUUUUAACUUGUGUUUAUUUUAGUAUGAUAUAUAUAAUGUACAAGAGAAUAAAGCUAUAUCAAUGAGA